GAUACACAACCAUUUUGUACUGUGAACAUGGAACUGGGAAAUCGCACUUUCCUGACCGAAUUCAUACUGGUGGGCAUCUCAGCAGACCCCCGCUGGCAGCUGGUCAUCUUUGGGAUAAUUCUAGCUAUCUACUUGGCAACCUUGUCAGGAAACCUGACCCUGGUUUUCUUAAUCCGGAUUGAUGCCCGGCUACACACACCUAUGUACUUUUUCAUCGGCAGCCUGUCGUUUUUGGAUUUCUGGUACACUUCUGUGUACACUCCCAAAAUCCUGUCCAGUUGUGUUUCAAAAGAUAAGCGCAUUUCCUUGGCUGGAUGUGGGGCUCAGUUGUUCUUCUCCUGUGUUGUGGCCUACACUGAGUGUUACCUGCUGGCUGCCAUGGCCUAUGACCGCUGUGUGGCGAUCUGCAGCCCACUGUUGUACUCAGGCACCAUGUCCUCCGAUCUCUGCACCGGGCUUGUCACUGGCUCCUACAUCGGAGGGUUUCUAAACGCCAUAGCUCACACUGCCAACACUUUCCGGCUGCAUUUCUGUGGUAGAAAUAUCAUUGACCACUUUUUCUGCGAUGCUCCACCACUGGUAAAAAUGUCCUGCACAGACACCCAGGUCUAUGAAAAAGUCCUGCUAGGUGUAGUGGGGUUCACAGUGCUCUCCUGCCUGCUCGUCAUCUUCACCUCCUAUCUCAACAUCCUCCUGGCUAUCCUGAGGAUCCGCUCAGCCUCAGGGAGGCGCAAAGCUUUCUCCACCUGUGCCUCCCACCUGGUCUCUGUCAUGCUCUUCUAUGGAUCCCUGCUCUUCAUGUAUUCAAGGCCGAGCUCCAGCUACUCCCUGGAGAAGGACAAAGUAGCUGCCCUGUUCUACACCGUUGUCAACCCACUGCUCAAUCCCCUCAUCUACAGCCUGAGAAACAAAGAUGUCAAAGAAGCCUUCCGGAAAGCAUUGCAGAUUAUCCGACCACAGGCAUGA